UCCAUGUAUAAGUUUUGUGCUUUCUGGUAUGAAUGGUAGAACUUGUAACCAAAGCGAUUAAGUAAAAUAGAUUACAGUGCAAGAUAGUCCUCUCCUGACAUCAGAACCAAGUGUCCAAACUACAGGAUAUGAUCAAGUAAGCCUAUUUUUGUGAGGCUCCGGUGAGAGAAGGGGUCUACUGUUGACUUUGCUGGCAGAAGGCGAUGGCCCAGGUGAAGCAUGGAGAGAAAUUGGGAUUGCAGGAGCGUGGUCACUGGGCUGGUAAAGCAGAGUACCUCUUGGCUGUUGCAGGGAACGUGGUGGGGCUGGGAAACGUGUGGAGGUUCCCUUACCUGUGCUACAAGAAUGGUGGAGGUGCCUUCCUUGUGCCCUACUUGGUGUUUGUGGUCACCUGCGGGGUGCCCCUUUUCCUCCUGGAGACCGCCAUGGGACAGUUUACCCAAGAAGGGGCCAUCACCACCUGGCAUAGGUUGUGUCCACUGGCCGUGGGUAUUGGCUAUGCUGGACAGUUGAUCCUGGUCUACAGCUCCAUGUGUUACAUUGUCAUCCUGGCAUGGGCACUACUGUACCUGUGUUUUUCCUUCAGUUCUACAUUACCAUGGGCUAGCUGUGACAACAACUGGAACACAGAAAACUGUGUGGAUAUAACUGGAAACAACAAGACAUUCAACUGGACGAGUCAAAGUAACUCGACAUCAGCCGCCGUAGAGUUUUGGGAGCGUCGUGUGCUGGCGAUCUCAGCAGGCAUAGAGGAGGUGGGAAGUGUAAGGUGGGAGAUCCUCCUGUGUCUCAUCGCUAUGUGGAUCAUCUGCUACUUCUGUGUCUGGAAAGGAGUCAAGUCUACCGGAAAGGUGGUCUACUUCACAGCCACGUUCCCCUACGUGAUGCUGCUGGUGCUGCUCGUCAGAGGGCUCACGCUACCUGGAGCUCUGCAGGGGGUCGUCUACUACCUCUACCCAGAGCCCUCAAAACUGCUAGAACCUCAGGUGUGGAUGGAGGCUGUCUCUCAGAUCUUCUUCUCCUUCAGUCUGGGGGUUGGCACACUGACUGUUCUGGGGAGCUACAAUCCAUACAACAACAACUGCAACAAGGACUGCCUCUGGUUAUGUGUGCUGAACAGCUGCACCAGCAUGGUGGCUGGAUUUGCAGUCUUCUCUAUGCUGGGAUUCAUGGCCCAUGAACAGAACGUCCCCAUAGAAGUGGUGGCAGAGUCAGGUCCUGGUCUGGCCUUCAUUGCGUACCCCCAGGCUGUGGCCAUGAUGCCUUUUCCACAGCUGUGGGCAGUCUGCUUCUUCAUCAUGAUCAUCCUACUUGGCCUGGAUACACAGUUUGUCAUGAUGGAGGUGGUGAUGACGUCGGUGACGGACCUGCUGCCCACGGUGCUGCGGCGCUCCGGGGGGCGGCGGGAGCUCUGCUUGGUGUUCUACUGCCUCUUCUGCUUCAGCGUCGGCAUUCUCAUGGUAACGGAGGGUGGGAUGUACGUCUUCCAGAUAUUCGAUUACUAUGCGUGUAAUGGGACCUGCCUGCUAUUCCUCGCGGUCUUUCUCUCUCUGGCAAUGGGCUGGCUGUUUGGUACUGAGCGUUUGUAUGACAUCAUUCAGGACAUGACCGGGUCAAAGCCCAGCCCCAUAUUCAAGGUGUGCUGGAAGUAUCUGACCCCUGCUGCAUCCCUGGUCUCUUUCAUUUGCUCUCUUGUGGAGUACCAGCCACUGACCUUCAACCGCUGGUAUGUGUACCCAGGAUGGGUGUACGUGCUGGGCUGGAUGAUGGCCCUCUCCUCCAUCAUCCUCAUACCAGGGCUCGCUCUCUUUCAUCUCACUACAGGCAAAGGCACUUUAAGAGAGCGCUUGGUUCACCUGUGUUCUCCUGCUCUUGACCUUCCCUUGACCCAGAAGCAGAAGUCAGAGCUUCAGAGUCUCACUGAGGGGAAGGAUUGUGUUUGCAUGGCAAGCCAUGCAUAGUACUGAAGUACUGGAGUACUGGAUGUGAAACUGGAUGUAAUGC